GUAAUCGAUAGCUCUAGUCGUAAUAGGAUCAGCCACUCUGAAGGCGAAGAGUCUAAAGUCUUCUCUGGUGGUGAUAGUAAGCCAGAAGCUUCUGGAGAGGCUAUGAAUAGCCCACACAACAAUGAUGAGAAUGUUAAGAGCCAUAGAAGUGGAGAAGAAGAUAAUAAAGAUGAGAAUGAUAGUAAUAAAGAAGAAGAGGAGCAAGAAAACAAAGGAUGCAAUUGGUGCUCUUGGAUCUUCAGAAUUGCAAUCAUUCUUCUUCUUAUUGGUCUUGCUGUCUGGGUAAUUGUCGAUUCUUCAAGGCUCACUGGUGUUUUUGAAGAUUUCAUUGAUUGGAUGGAGGACAAUCCAAUCCUAGCACCUUUUGUAUUUAUUGUUGUAUACAUCUUGGCUACAAUUUUCUUCCUUCCAGGACUUAUUUUAACUCUUGGUGCUGGAUUCGCUUUCAAUGAAGCCUACGGAAAUGUCGGACUGGCUAUCUUAGUCGGUUCAAUUGCUGUGUGGUGUGGAGCAAUGCUUGGAAGCAUGUUAGCAAUGCUUAUUGGAAGAUACCUUCUCAGAGACUGGGUUGGAAAGAAAGCUAAGAAAAACAAAUAUUUUGGAGCCAUUGAUACAGCAAUUGAGAAAGAGGGAUUCAAGCUAACGCUACUUCUGAGACUGUCCCCAGCCAUCCCAUUCAACUUGUUCAACUAUCUCAUGGGGAUUACCAAGGUUGCCUUUUCAAAGUACACCCUAGGAGGACUUGGAAUGAUUCCAGGAACCAUUGUUUAUGUAUACUUUGGAACCACAAUUUCGAAUAUUUCAGAUGCUGCCUCUGGUAACUUUGAUGGAGGUAUUCUCCAACUCUUGUUGCUCAUCAUUGGCUCUAUAUUAGCCAUCAUUGCUGUCUUCUAUGUUUCCUGGGUUGCUAGGAAAGAGGUCAGAAAGGUGAUCAAAAGGCAAGAAGAAGAGAAAAAUAAGGCAAAAGUCUCCAAUGGCCAGAUUGAAAUGAACAGUCAGGACAAAAAAUCCAAUAAUUCCGAUGACCAAGAAGUUAAUUUAGAUGUUGAACCUGUCGAUAAUAUUCCUGACGAGCCUGUCAGGGCAGAAUCAAUGAUCUAAAUUAUGUAUUUAAGCUUAAUCUCAUUCACCAUAAAUCCUUAAUUU